AUGUCGCGCUCCUUCUAUGUCGACUCGCUCAUCAUCAAGGACUCCUCGCGGCCCGCGCCCUCGCUGCCUGAGCCGCACCCCGGGCCAGAUUUCUUCAUCCCGCUGGGCAUGCCAUCCCCGCUGGUGAUGUCUGUGUCGGGGCCCGGCUGCCCGUCCCGCAAGAGUGGCGCGUUCUGCGUUUGCCCACUCUGCGUCACUUCGCACCUGCACUCCUCUCGUGGGCCGGCGGGCUCCGGCGGCGGGGGCGCCGGGGCGGGGGGCGCAGGGGCCGGGAGUGGUGGGGGAGCGCCGGGGGGCGCCGGGACCCUGCCCCUGCUCAAGAGUCAGUUCUCUUCGGGUCCUGGGGACGCGCAGUUCUGCCCGCGCGUGAGCCACGCGCACCAUCAUCACCACCCGCCGCAGCACCACCAUCACCACCAUCAGCCCCAGCAGCCAGGCUCGGCCGCCGCUGCCGCAGCCGCGGCGGCCGCGGCGGCGGCCGCGGCGGCCUUGGGGCACCCUCAGCACCACGCACCUGUCUGCGCCGCCACCACCUACAACGUAGGGGACCCGCGGAGAUUCCACUGCCUCACCAUGGGGGGCUCGGACGCCAGCCAGGUACCCAAUGGCAAGAGGAUGAGGACGGCGUUCACCAGCACGCAGCUCCUGGAGCUGGAGCGGGAAUUCUCCUCCAACAUGUACCUGUCUCGACUCCGGAGGAUCGAAAUCGCGACCUACCUGAACCUGUCGGAGAAACAGGUGAAAAUCUGGUUUCAGAACCGCCGGGUGAAGCAUAAGAAGGAAGGGAAGGGCACACAGAGGAACAGUCACGCGGGCUGCAAGUGUGUCGGCAGCCAGGCGCACUACCCGCGCUCGGAGGAUGAGGACUCCCUGUCGCCGGCCUCGGCCAAUGAUGACAAGGAGAUUUCUCCCUUGUGAGGGAGGGAUGCCUCCGCCGCACCACACGCUCCUGGCAGCCCCCACGCCACC